AUGAAGACCAUCUUGGGAUUUCUAUUGUUGCCCAUAUUCCUGAGAGAUAGAAAGAAGAAAAUCUCCCAGUUUCUUCGUACCGCUACACCUGACUCCGUUCUUUCAGACCUAUAUACCUGUCUUGUUCGGGAAAGAGUCUCAUCCAUCACACCACAAGACGUCUUCUACGCGUCUAGCAUCCGGGACUCGCUCCAGGCGGAGCCUUAUUGGACGAUAAAGAGUUUCCAUAACCACCUUGCCAGAACUCAUCCUGACACGACCAUCCCAGAGGCAGCUAUCGAUGUCCUGUGGUCUUGCUUCUGCUUCUACGCCUAUCUCCCGUUCUCAUUCGCCGGUGCGGGCGACAGGAAGCUGCAUUUACCAGCCUUUGAACGUGGGUUGAUUCUGCUUCCUCUUCAAGGCACAAGGCUCCUCGGAACCAUAGUGGAUGAUUUCGGUCCUUGCUGGAAACGGAACGAGGACCCUUGUAGCUGCCGGUCUAGGAUUAAUCGGAUCUUCCGAAGCAUCAGCCUAGUCAAUCGUCAGUCAAGUUCAGAUCCACGAGUCGCUCGCUUUGACACAUUUGUCACCGACGAUGUGAUAGAUGCUAUACUUCUGAUAUCCCCUGCCCAUCCUUUGCUAAAUCCAUCCUUUGAGCAGCUGAAUCCACUGGCGGAACGUUUUCUCGAACGGAGACCAGACCAAUAUCAUAUGAAGGUCAACGACCUGGCUGCUCUACUCUGCCUGAUGAUGAGGCUACGAGUCAAUAAACCGACCUGGGGCCGGGACUUCCAUUACGGCUCCUUCGAGGAGUCCUGUCCGGAGAAAGAAGAGUUGGCUAAUAUCCUGGCCCGAUCAUUCUGUCUUGACCAGAAUGAGUACCUGGACCCUGACGCAGUGUUCCGGGCUUUAGAUAUCUUGCCAAAUCUAGAGCAAUGCUUUCAUCAGCUGUGGGCAACACUUUUUCAACCUCCCACGUCCACGGGGAUACCAGACGUAGAAACCGAAUCAUCACCAGACACCACUAUCGAUGGGAUUCUUCGAGCUGCAUCAUUGUUUAUACCUCCGUUCCAGGCCCAUAAAAGAACCGAAUUGGCACGAAAUGUCGAGUUGAUUACAUUUCAAAAAUGCUAUGACUCGAUCUCCCAGAGCUUGACGGACAGCCUUGAUCUGGGCCAUAUACUUCAGCAAACUUUCCAUGACGAUCCGAGUCGUCUGUCGCACCUUGUUCUUUUCCUGGGAUAUCAAGCUCAGGAGUCGGAAAAGGUAGUUGUGGGGGCUUUCUUCUCCAGCUGUACGGAGACCCAUGCUGCAAAAGAGGGAAAGGAGCCGGAAAAGAUAGGCAAAUCGAGAAUCGCCCCUCCUUUACUUCUAUUUCAGCUUCAGCCAAGCUUCAGUCUGUUUCGAUGGAGCGGAGAGGACAGCAUGUCUUCGUCUCAAGCAUACAACAGUGCUACGGGGCAUACCGACCACCCUAAUGGCAUAGGGGAUCUCAAUCGAUCGAAGGUGGGGAUGGAAAUUGACUCUGUCACAAGGCAGGCUACCUUUCUGCGAGGCACAGCUACCGCUACAAAUCGCAUGUCAGGCGGGUAUGAAGAGGUAACUAGGAAGUAUGACGGGACUGAGACCAUUGAUGGGGAUCAGCAAGAGCGAAAAACAAUCUUUACAGUGACCCGUAUUGCCAUAUUUAACGUGGACGGUGGGCCAAAUUACGAUUAUCCUUGGUGA